AAAUGGCUAGAUUGACAAUAUGCUUAUUAAAAGCUCUUGAAUAUUUGAAUUGGGUUAAAUACAACUAUUUAAAACUCAGAGCUGCAGUCUGCUCAGGUUACUAAAGAUAAACGUAUCAUACAUUCAAUAUCAGACUUUGCUGCAAGGUUUCAUUCCCACAUACAAGUACGCAUGCUCAUUUCUUCUGAGACUGCGUGAAGAUUGAGCUUUACAGUUUCCUUUUUAAGCCACUUUGUAGUCUCAGUUUAGAAAUAGAAAAGUUUGGUUACUUUAAAGAAUAGUUCUUGAGUGGAUUCUUAAAGUACACAGAAUAUUUUUCCUUUGUUUUUUAAAGAGAAGCUUUACUGCCCAGAAUGAGUACACAAUAAGAUAUUGAAAGGAAAAGAAGAAAGUUAGCUGCAUCCUAGUUUUCUAAAACCUGGCAAGCUGGCAGAGCUAGAAUUAGCAUUACAGAUGGCAUUUGGCAACACAGCUACAUAUCACUAAGCCCUCAUCUCCUGAGUUUUCUUCAGCCUGUCUAUCAAUUACAAUAUCCAAUCACUGCACAGAGAUGGAGAAAUGGGAUGAUCACAGCUCACACGAUGCUGUUUGGUUAGAAACGUCAGUGCUGCACAACCCACGGCUGAGUCAGUGUCUGUGAGAAAAUGAACUGAAUUAAUAUGUAGAGGGGGUUGUAUCUCUGAACAUUUGCAGCCUAAAUAACCGCAAUAGCAUUAUUACAUAGUAGAGGGAGGAAAGCUAGAGGAAGUCUGUGGACAGGUGAGGUAGGGGGAGACUGCAUAUUUUCUGAUGUUCAGAAGAAUCUUGAAGAUGAUGGAAAUAUCAGAUGUGCUAAAGUUUCCUAGUAAUGCCCAAGGAUGCUGACCUGGCUUUCAGUGCUGCAUUGUUUGAAAAAGCAGAGUCCCUUUAUACUCUGAUUUCAGAAUUUUUUUCUUGUUUUUGUGUGUCUACCUUGGCAUAUACUAAAGUAAGUACUCCCGCACGUGUUGCUAAAGGAGUUGUUGACCACACCAAAAUGAGUCUCCAUGGUGCUAGUGGGGGACAUGAACGAUCAAGAGAUAGACGAAGGUCAAGUGACAGAUCGCGAGAUUCAUCUCAUGAAAGAACGGAAUCUCAACUCACUCCUUGUAUUAGAAAUGUUACUUCUCCAACACGACAGCACCAUGUUGAACGAGAAAAAGACCACAGUUCCUCUCGUCCAAGCAGUCCUCGUCCUCAGAAGGCAUCUCCAAAUGGUUCUAGUAGCAGUGCCGGGAACAGCAGCAGAAACAGUAGUCAGUCAAGUUCAGAUGGUAGCUGUAAGACAUCUGGGGAGAUGGUGUUUGUAUAUGAAAAUGCAAAAGAAGGAGCUCGGAAUGUAAGAACGUCGGAACGAGUAACACUGAUAGUGGAUAACACUAGAUUUGUUGUAGACCCAUCCAUUUUUACUGCACAGCCAAAUACAAUGUUGGGCAGGAUGUUUGGAUCUGGCAGAGAACAUAAUUUUACACGUCCCAAUGAGAAGGGAGAGUAUGAAGUGGCAGAGGGAAUUGGCUCCACUGUGUUUCGAGCUAUUCUGGAUUACUACAAAACAGGAAUAAUCCGUUGUCCUGAUGGCAUAUCUAUUCCUGAACUGAGAGAAGCAUGCGACUAUCUUUGUAUUUCUUUUGAAUAUAGUACUAUUAAAUGUAGAGAUCUCAGUGCCCUAAUGCAUGAGUUAUCAAAUGAUGGUGCUCGUAGACAGUUUGAAUUUUAUCUGGAAGAAAUGAUCCUGCCUCUCAUGGUAGCUAGUGCCCAGAGUGGGGAGCGAGAAUGCCACAUAGUAGUGCUUACAGAUGAUGAUGUGGUUGAUUGGGAUGAAGAGUAUCCACCACAGAUGGGAGAAGAGUAUUCACAAAUUAUUUAUAGCACAAAAUUAUAUAGAUUUUUCAAGUACAUUGAAAACAGAGAUGUGGCCAAAUCAGUUUUGAAGGAAAGAGGUCUUAAGAAGAUUAGAUUGGGAAUAGAAGGUUAUCCUACCUACAAAGAAAAAGUAAAGAAAAGGCCUGGGGGUCGCCCAGAAGUGAUUUACAACUAUGUCCAAAGACCCUUUAUUCGAAUGUCUUGGGAGAAGGAAGAAGGAAAGAGUCGGCAUGUAGACUUUCAGUGUGUAAAGAGCAAAUCUAUCACCAACCUUGCAGCAGCUGCCGCAGACAUUCCCCAGGACCAGCUGGUAGUCAUGCACCCAACUCCACAAGUAGACGAGCUGGAUAUUCUCCCGAUGCACCCGCCUUCUGGCAACAAUGACCUCGAUCCUGAUGCACAGAAUCCAAUGCUGUGAUGCUGAUGUUCCUUGAAACCAUCGCAUGCUACCCUUCACGGUGACGUCGCGCUCUCCUCAUUCUGCACUACAAGGCCACGCUCUUCAUCGUGAGAUGCACAUAACAAUGUUUAGGAUAUUGCAGUGGAGGCUUUUUUAAAGACCAAAGGUAGCUGAAUGGUUUUUUAAAUGAAUACAACUCUAGCAUCCUGAGGUUCCAGUUAUAUAAAUGUAUUUGUUUACCAGUAGGUUUGUGAAAUUGGUUCUUUGUAUGGGGGACUGUCCUUUUUCACACAUCUAGAUAUUUUCAGAAGUGGUGAAAAUUGGCAGCUGGGGUCUUUUCAGCUUAGAUUGAUACUCAUCACACCCCAGGUAAAAUGUAGAAUAUUACAUAGUUGCACUUUAUAAAUGGUGGUUAAAUGGAACUGUCCAAGCCAUUUUUAUAGUUGUGAUGCACAAUAUAACUGAAAUAAGUGCUUCUAUCAAAGUAUUCCUUCAGUAAAAUGUGUAUAGUUUGCUGCCCAUGAUGAGCAAAAAAAAAAAUGAGUAUUUAUCAUUGGGCUUAUUUGAAUGAUUAGGAUGAGAUUCAGUGCCCCAUCUAUCUUAUCUCCAGUGCUGUUCUUGCCCUUUUACAGUGAGUCACAUGCAGGAAGUGUGAACAUCCAGUCUGCCUUACCCUUUAUCUGUUCAGAUAUUUAUUUACUAAUUUUUUUUUCUUAAGAGUUAUGGGAUAGGAAAAUGAAGUGUUUGCUCUUCAUUUACUAAAUGAUUGUAAACUCGAGUUUUUCAUCAAAAUAAAAUUCCAUUGUUUUAA